GAGGCCCAGACUAGGUGCUGGCAACAGUGACUGUGUCUUAACUCGCCGUGAGGCCGUUAUAGCAGAGACUGGUCACUACACCUGGUUACAAGAGUCAUCUGGAGGUCGUCGUCGCUCCCUCAGUCAUCACCAACACGUGGUUAUAAUGUCGAAGGGAGAGCCUGAUCAAGAAUUAAAAAGGGCCUUUAUGGAACUACAAGGCAAAAUGCAGGAAACGAACCAAAAGCUGCGCAUUGCUGAUGUUCAAGUGGAGAGUCUCAAGAAGCAGAUCGUUCAUGCUCAACUUACAGAUAAGGAAAUACAGUCUCUUGGUGAAAGCACUCGAGUAUAUGAAAGUAUAGGGCGUAUGUUCCUUUUGACUGACAUUCCGAUGGUACGUGAGAAUCUAAAGGCUAAAGUUUCAAAAUGCAACGACAAAAUUACAAAUUUACAGGCAAACAAAGAGUACCUGGAACGAAGUAUGGCAGAGAGCCAGAAUAACCUGAGGGAGCUCAUUAAACAAAAACAGUCUGUUGGUGCAGCUUAAUGAUUCAAGUGGAAACAAGACAAUCUGGAGCCAAGUUUAAUGUAUCACAAAUUCCGGGAGGCAUCAUCUGCACUGAUGGACAUUUGAGCAAAGUUUAAUGAACACAAGCUGCCACUUGGUGAAUUCUUUACUCUUGUGCAAGCUUAGCAAGGGUGUACCUUGUAUCAUCAUCAUUAAUUAAAAUUUGCACCUUCUUUUGUGUUCCAGUUAGUUUUUCCAUUUACUUUCAUUUUUAUUGGCAUGUACAGUAUUUCCAUUUUGAAUACUGUGCAGUGUGUUUAUUUAUUUUAUAAGUAAAUUGUUGUUAUACAGCAUAAUAACGUAAUUGUUCAUUGAUAAUCUUUUGAUAAAGGUACAGUAAUGUACAUUGACUUUAUCUUGAAGGUGGGGUGUAUAGCUUUAUUUGUUUAAAUAUAUCCAGCCUAUAGGUUGUACAGUGUUUUAUGAAGAAAAUCUAUUAAAUGCACCUCAAAUUCUAA